AUGUGUAGCCAAUGCUAUCAAUAUUCCAAUGAUGCGAAGAAGGUAAGCACGGGGGUAACUUGUUUAACUUACAAAGUUAUCCUGCACUAUUUCAGUGAGUUGCGAGACGGUAUAGAUAUCGUAGAUGCGGAUGGUAAUAAACUAGGCCAAAGCAAACACGUUGCGAAGUCAGCAAUUACACAAGUUGUCAUAUCCCGUAUAGGAAUGGCUACUCCAACUUUCGGUACUUAUAUUCAAGAAGACUAUCAUUAAUA